AUCCAUUUCGUAAAAAAGAUAUGUGAUAGUCAAAUGGUAAAAUAAGGUAAUUCCGUUGUUUUACACUAAUUACAUAUUGAAUCCAUUACGGCAAUUAAAUCGCUUUAACCUUUGUAAAAAAUUCAAGUUCUCACAGCAUUAGGUGCUAGUCGUUUAGCAUGAUGGUUGAUCAUAUUGUACAAGGAUCUUGUGAUACUUUUCACAUCCCAAAUCAAUCAAUCGGUAUUACCUUCUACAAUGAAUUAAAAAGAAAAAAUCAUGAAAAAAUAGCACUUAUUGAUAAUGAAGAAAUAAGUUAUGGAAAAUUAUGCAAAACUUCUAUUAAUUUAGCCUCGCAAUUAAUUAAAUUGGGACUGAAAAAAGGCGAUGUAGUAUCGAUAGUAUCCCAAAACAACUGGAAAUAUCUCGCUGCAACAAUUUCCGGGUUUUACAUCGGCGCCAAAAUCAAUUUCCUCAAUCAUGACUAUACUUCCGGCGAGCUUAAACACUUUUUUACGAUUUGUCCUCCAAAUCUGAUCUUUUGUUCGAAAAAAUCCUGUAAUAAUAUAUUGUUUUUACGAAAUGAAGGCCUAUUACCUGAACAUAUAAUUCUGUUUGAUGAGGACGAAACAGAGUAUUUGACUUUUGAUGAGUUGGUCAAAAUUGAUUCGGAUUUUUACCCAGUCGAAGUCCAACCAGAAACAGACAUCGCCAUUAUUCCAACAUCUUCAGGGACCACAGGACUGCCAAAAUGUGUUCUGUUGACUCAUGCCAAUCUUAGAGUACCGCUGAUUCAUUUUGGUGACCGCAAUUUUUUGGAUUUUAAAGAAGACGAUGUAACAAUCGGAAAUUUACCGUUUUUCCACAUUUGGGGCAACAUGAUUGCCCUGACUAGCGUUUUCUACGGCAUCAAAUUAAUUAUAAUUCCAAAAUUUAGACCCGAAGUUUAUUUAAAAACCAUCGAGGAUUACAAAAUCGAGACACUCUUCACCGUUCCUCCACUACUUAUAUUUUUGGCCAAAAGUCCGCUUGUCAGUUUUUACGACAUUUCGUCAGUUAAAGACGUCAUUUGUGCUGCUGCUGUUAUUACCAAAGAAUUGGAAGAAAUGGUUAAAGACAGAUUAGGAUUAAAAGCUGUCCGCCAGCUCUACGGCAUGACUGAAGCCUCUCUCGGUAUUACAAUGUCGCCAACAAAAAGCGAAAAAGUCGCCAGUGUGGGCAAAGUAUUGCCCACCAAUAAAAUCAAAGUUUGCGAUAUUGAAACACAAGAGGCUUUGGGGCCCCACAAAAUCGGGGAAUUGCGAGCGAAAGGCGGUGGUUUAAUGGUGGGCUACUUGUCUAACAAAAACGCAACAAUGGAAGCUUUCGAUAAUGAAGGUUAUCUAAGAACUGGCGAUUUGGGUUAUUACGACGAAGAAAAUUUUUUUUACAUUGUUGACAGGUUAAAAGACAUCAUUAAGUUUAAAGGAUUUCAAAUAUCUCCUGCUGAAUUAGAAAACUUGUUGAUUCAGCAUCCUGCAGUGAAAGACGCAGCAGUGAUUGGAAUUCCUGAUGAAGUAGCAGGGGAAGUAGCGAUGGCUUUUGUGGUCAAACAACCGGAUAAAAAUGUGACGGAGAAAGAACUUGUUUGUUUUGUUAAUGAGAAUGUUUGUGCACAGAAACGGCUCUAUGGAGGUGUGAGGUUCAUCGAUGAGAUUCCCAAAACGUCCAGUGGCAAGAUUUGGAGACUCAAAUUGAGAGAAAUUGUUUGAUGUAGAGAAAAGGGCUUAUCUAUUAGCUUAUCCGUGGGGUUGAUCUUGAAUAUAAUAAAUAUUGUUUUAAUUUU